AAACCAGCCAACAUCCUGGUGAUGGGAGAAGGUCCUGAGCGAGGAAGAGUCAAAAUUGCUGACAUGGGCUUUGCCAGACUCUUCAACUCUCCCCUGAAGCCGCUGGCGGACCUGGACCCUGUGGUGGUGACCUUCUGGUACAGGGCUCCUGAGCUGCUGCUGGGGGCCCGGCACUACACCAAAGCUAUCGCUCCAGAAACUCCUCACCAUGGACCCCACCAAAAGAAUCACGUCCGAGCAGGCGCUGCAGGACCCCUACUUCGUGGAGGACCCACUACCAACCACAGACGUGUUUGCCGGCUGUCAGAUCCCGUACCCCAAGAGAGAGUUCCUUAACGAAGAUGAGCCUGAGGAGAAAACAGAAAAGGUACAACAUUGUGCAGACUGUGGGAAGAGCUUAAGGGAGUUCCCAUUCCUUUGGGAAUACCUCGGGGCUGCAUGGUGCACUCCAUGCUACACUUCCUACUUUGGAAUCCCGGUGGCUACGGCCAUCAUACUGAGAGAUGGGAUCCAAAGCUGCCCCCGAGCCGACUUCUCCCAAAGCCUCAUGCUGCACAAGGAUGGGCAGAUGGUCCACUGUACUCUUCAGAACCCGAACCUCCCUGAACCCUUUGUACCUGUCAAUGUUUACCAGGCGUGUACCAUCCCCCUCAUCCAGAAGAUCUGGAAAUCCAUCUCCACUAACCGCAUGUCAGCCUUCAUACCCCUGAUUAUGCUUUAGUGGAUCUACACGUCAGCCAACCUGCUGAAGAAGUGAGUACUGUGCAACAGGCUGUGGCCGAUCCACCAUGCCAGCACAUCCCGCCAGGCUCAUCCCCUGAUGCCAUGACUGAUCCUGCUCCCCAGGACAUGUCAUCACUGCAAGAUACCCUUCAUGACUUCGACCUUAUUGCCUGGCUGGAAGAUGAGUCUAAGGAGGUGCUGCAGCACGGCCCUGUACCAGCCCUGGAAACUAUCAUUUUGGAUCCACCUUCUCCAUGGUACAGCCCAUCCAUGCCUGACCUUUCCCCUACACGGUCUCAGCCGGUGGCGGAUGCAUCUGCUGCAGAUAAUGCAGCCCUCCCCUCCCAACAGGCCCCUACUGACCUGCUGACCAUCUCCCCUGGUCCAUCUGAUUUUGAUCUCGAGCUGACAGCUCCACGUCCCUCUUUGUCUGGUACCACAGACACUCCCCAUCAUCGGCGUGUGGAAGAAAGCCACCCCUCUUCCUCUAUCGAGGCACUCUUGGGCCCGCCAGUUGCAGAAGAGAGUGUUGGAAGACGCUCCCCGCCUGGCCCCUCCACCUCUCACCAGCGGAGAGAGCCCAGCACUGGCAGGACCCCAUAUGCAGCCACGGUGGACAGGGCGGUAAGAACCUGGCACCAGCCUAAAGCCGAGGGGUAUGACAAAAGAUACCAACCAAACAAGAUGGGGUCUCCCAAGACCCACACCCCCUUCACUCGCCCAGGACGCCUGGCGCAUCGCCCCCAUUAUCCACCUUAUGUCCCAGCCAAGAUCCAACCAUUGAUGCCCCCUGCUCUUCUUUCUCGGGCUCCUUGUCCUGAUUCCAAGGAGAGGAUGUCAAGAAACCUGGCUACAUCAGCCAUCUCAAGAGUUGGAAUCAGGCCAGCAGAGCCUCCUUUUGACUCUCACUAGAGAAGAGAACGGGACAGGAAGAGAACCCACAAGAAGGACCGAGACGCAGGCCAGAGGGACAAGAGGAUCAAGAGAAAAAAGGAGAAUAACUAAGAGUAAUAAUUAUUCAUUUUAAUCCAUUUUAAUGCUGGCAAAUAAAUAACAUGUGUAAUAAUUACAGUAUAUGCUCAAUCGCAAUGUGUGAUUUAACUAACGUACUGUGAUAAUUAAUGUGUUUUUAAAUGUAAGGUGGUGAUUUAGGAGAAGUGUAAAAGUGUGUCUUAAGAUUGAGGAAGGGUGUGUGUGUGCUAUUUUGGACGGUGAAAGUACAGAGCACUUCUGUGAAAACAGAAAAAGCAGAAGUGUGGGUUUUCUGAAAGUCCCAGAGACAGAAAAAGUCCCUAACAGUCCUAUUACCAAGAA